AUGCCCUCCAGCUUCGUCAAGCCCCCAUACAGCCCUCCACUACCCCCAUCACACAUCCCCGGCUGCACCUCCACCCUGACACAGGCUGUCUCUCUAUCUCCUCUCCCCAAACACGCUGGGGCAGCCAUCCAGGGCCUGUGUGCGUCCUCAGAUUCCCAAGACCCACAGGAUGAUGGUAAAGAUUCGGAAAUCGGGCCUUUAUCCGAUAAAGAGGUGGGUAGCAAUGAAAACGAUGAGCAGAACGUAGGGGGGAAACGACGUGGGCCUCGAACAACUAUAAAAGCCAAGCAACUUGAGGUCCUCAAAGCUGCUUUCACGGCCACGCCAAAACCCACAAGACACAUUCGAGAACAGCUGGCGCAGGAGACAGGUCUCAACAUGAGAGUGAUCCAGAUCUGGGACCUCGAGAUGCUGCACAUUUCUGAUGCACAAAAUAAAUAUUUGACCGGGGCUGAAAACUCAAUUUCAAUCAGCCAUUUCCAUGUAAUUUGUGGUGUGCAGGUUUGGUUCCAAAAUCGUCGGUCUAAAGAGCGGCGCAUGAAGCAGCUGAGUGCACUGGGGGCGAGAAGGCACUCGUUCUUCCGCAGUCCAAGGAGAAUGAGAACUCUGGUGGACCGACUCGAACCCGGAGAGCUGGUCCCCAACGGCCAUUUCUCAUACUAUGGUGAUUAUCAGAGUGAAUACUAUGGACCUGGAGGAAAUUUUGAGUACUACACCCAAGGCCCCCCCUUGUUGCAGGCCCAGACCCCAGUGGACCUAGGCUUCUCCUCUGGCCCCGCUGGCACCCCUUUAGGUGGCAUGGACCAUCACCUGGCUGGGCACCACCCAUCUGGUGAGGUGCAGUGCUUCACUGACAUCAUAUCUCACCAUCCAGUGGACUCGCCUAGCCCCGAGCCCAACGGACCCGGGUCAAUGCACAGCAUCUCCAGUGAGAUGUGUGGCGUCAGCACACCCUUCACCUCACUGUCCAUCAACGGCAGUGGAUACAGCAACCAAUUGUCACACCCCUCCUCAGAGAUGAGCGAAGGCACUGUCUGGUAGCCCACAGGACAUUAUGAAGCCAAGGCUAACUAUUGACUUAGGAGGCAACUGAAGUCCUGAGCGAGUAUCCCUUUUACUUUAUAUUAUUUAUUUAUUCAUCAAUUAAUUUAUAUAUAAUAAUAUAUACGCAUUUAAUUUAUUACUUGUCUCUAACUACCUUUACUGCUGUUUUGAUUGUUGCAGUUUUAUUUAAAGAUUCACACAGUAACAGUGUAGACUCUAAAGCAGUCAUAUAAUGUGAAUACUGUACAAGCGCUCAGCAGAACUUUCGCUUCAGAGGGUCUACCAUAUCAAAUGAUAAUGAUUUUUUACCUAAAGCUUUUGUGAUGGCUUUGGUAUUCGUGCUUAUUUCUCAAUUUGUUUUUGUUUCUCUGUAUAUUUCUGUGUUUUGCCAAAUCCUAGAGAGUUUGCCUUCAAAAGGAAAACUUUAAAAAGUUGUAUAAUCUUUUAUUUAAUUGAAAAUAACUUGAAUUUGAAGAAGAAGUCAACCUUCUAAAAAUCUAUGGACAAUGGUUUGAGGUGGACAUACAGUAGAACAGUCAACUGUUUACGUAUAUAUUUACAGUACUUCAGGGGUUUGAAUAUGAGCAUUGUUUGAAACCUCUUGAUUCAGAUGUGAACAUCGUUCAAGCAACAAACCAAACUUUUGUAUUUAUUCUAUUUAUAUUAUGGUCAUGGUUCCUCACUGUGCUAGAUUGUAUUAUUGUGUUUACUUCGAAGAACAUUUAAAAACACAAAUAGACAGUUGCCAAAUAAGGAUAAAAGCACAAUUCGUUAGUGCUUUGCGUCAUCAAUUGCUGAACAUACUACAAGAAACAUAGUAGCAUUUUUAACAGAAUGUGUUAAAUUAUAGUUAAUUAUAUAAUGAGGCUGUCUAUUGUGUCUGGAAGGCUUUAUUUUGCAUCUUUACAUGAGUCCAAAUGAUUAAACAUUGAUGGUCAAAUAUGUUACCAGCAGCUGCUAUAUUCUUGAAAUAUCAACUCUCAUAUGAUUAUGUGACCUCUAGUGCAUAUUAGACCAUUCACUGUAUA